GCAUUUCUUUUGCUUAUGUCAUGUUACAGAGGUCAGCACACUUGUUCAGCUAUGGUUGUGCAAAUUCUUCAAGGUUGUGGUUUCCUUGUGUUGAUUCUUAUUCCGAAUUGUGCACAUGGAACAUUGAUGUCACAGUUGAUAAAGACAUGGUCGCUGUCAGCUGUGGAGACCUUACAGAACAGGUACUGACAGCUGAUGAAAAGCGAAAAACCUAUCACUACACACUGAGUAUUCCUACUGCAGCUCCUAAUAUUGCCUUGGCUGUAGGACCAUUUGAGAUCCAUGUGGACCCAGUCAUGCCAGAGGUAACACACUUUUGUCUACCUGGUCUACGCCCAGUUCUCAAGAACACCACAGCAUUUCUCCAUGAGGCGUUUGAAUUCUAUGAAGAAUAUCUGAGUUGUCGUUAUCCAUACACCUACUACAAGCAAGUGUUUGUCGAUCAAGCUUAUGACAUCCUUUCGCCAUAUGCAUCCAUGACAAUUUUCAAUACCGGUCUCUUGCACUCUUCAAGAAUCAUCGAUCAGGGAUUUGAAACAAGGAAAUAUCUCUCUCAGGCAUUAGCUGAGCAGUUCUUUGGAUGUUAUCUCUGUAUACAAACAUGGUCUGAUUUAUGGCUUGCAAGAGGAAUAUCUGGCUACAUGUUUGGUCUAUUUAUGAAAAAGAUGUUUGGUAACAAUGAGUACAGACAUUGGAUCAGAGAAGAGUCAAAACAGGUGUGUCAUUAUGAAAUGCAAGGCCCAGGAAUUCCUCCCCUUCACAAUACAGGAUCAUUAUCAGCUUCGAGUGUAGCAGGCUCGUCCUCAGGUCAGACGCCAGAGUCCCCUUCUGUGGGUGCCCCACACAUGCACCCUCACUUGACCUCAGGAAAGAACUUGGAAAUUAUCUGGAGCAAGUCACAUCUUGUUAUGAGAAUGAUUGAAAUGCGCAUUGGACAGGAACCGUUGCUACAGGUAUUCAACAAACUGUUGUCCCUCGCUAACAGUGCAGCACAGCCCAAGGCUGACUACAGUCUCUGGACAAACCUUCUACUUUCCACUAGUGGGUUCCUUAAGUCCAUAUCAACAGUUUCUGGCAAAGACAUCAAUGUGUUUGUGGAUCAGUGGAUUUGUCAUAGUGGUGUGGCCAAUUUCCAUGGAAGCUUUGUGUUUAACAGAAAGCGCAACAUCGUUGAGCUUCAAAUCAAGCAGGACAUGUCAAGAGGCACAGCAAAAUAUGUGGGACCACUAACGGUAUGCAUACAGGAGCUGGAUGGAUCAUUUAAUCACACUGUACAGAUAGAAGAUGUGUACAGCCGCCAUGAACUACCUUGCCAUUCAAAGAGUCGCAGAAAUAAGAAAAAGAAGAUUCCUCUAAUGACAGGAGAAGAGGUUGAUAUGAACCUUGAUGCAAUGGACUCAGACUCGCCAGUGUUGUGGGUUCGUAUUGACCCUGAGGUGACAUGGUUACGACAAGUUACAUUUGAGCAGCCUGACUACAUGUGGCAAUACCAACUGAGACAUGAGCGAGAUGUCAUUGCUCAGAGUGAGGCUAUUUUGGCACUGGAGAAAUUUCCGACUACAUCAACUCAACAAGCUUUAAUGGAUUUAAUCAACCAAAAUGAGUGCUUUUAUAAAGUGCGACUAGAGGCUUGUUUUUGUCUUGCUAAGAUUGCUACAGCAUGCGCUUCCAGUUGGACAGGUCAUACAACAAUGACUGGGAUUUUCAGGAAUAUGUUUGGUUCACAAUCUUGUCCACACAUUGUCAAAUACAAUGAUUUUUCAAAUUUCAUUGCCUAUUUUAUACAAAAGACCUUGCCUGUAGCUAUUGCAUCAGUGAGAAAUGGUCACUCCCAGUGUCCUCGUGAAGUUUUGCAGUUUAUCCUGGACUUAAUCAAAUACAAUGAUAACAGGCUUAAUAAGUACACUGACAGUCAUUACCGCAGUACCCUCAUUGAUGCACUGGCCAGUACUGUCACACCUGGUGUCUCCAUAGUAACAACAACUAGUGAUGGCAAGACGGUUGUCAAAUUAACAGAAGAAACACAACUCAUUUUAGGAGAAGUGACUCGUCAACUGAAUCUAGAGAAGCUGCUUCCCACUUACAGAUAUGUCGUGUCUGUCAGUUGUUUGAAGGCUCUCAGAGUAUUACAGGUUAAUAGUCACGUGCCUCCUGACCCUGCUGCGUUUGAAUAUUAUGCCAGUUUUGGUCACUUUGAGGAUGUGCGGCUAGCAGCCAUUGAUUGUGUAAAUGAUUAUCGAGCAGCACUAACUGCAGAGAAGACACUAGAAUUUCUCUUAGAUGGUGUCGAGGCUAACCCUGUGCCUUUUUAUAGACACUACACCCUGUGCGCACUGACGAAGAAUCCUCCGUUUUCGAGAAAGUCAGAUUCUCCUCUGAACAAUCUGGAUCUUGUAGAGUGUUUGUGGCGAUUAAUCAAUUCCAGUUCCUCAGUUGAUGCUCGGCUCAGGCGAGACGGAGUCGAGUUGUUCAAUACAUUGUGGGGUCGCCUUACACCUGGCUGUGUUCCCUCUCAGGGGAUGGGUAUCGUAAUAGACUUGAAGGAAAAGAAGAUCAUGAGUCUUUCUCCUCUUCCACCUCCCGCAUCACCGGGAUCUGUCAGCGGCGAGGAAUCCACAGCGUCAAGGAAGAGCCACAAGAGAAAAGCUUCUCGAGCGGCAUCGCCUGCAGAUUUGAGUCAUUUGGAUUCUCAACCCGACACACCCAUGAGUGUUGAGUCCGCGAAUUCUGAAGCCAGCAAACUCCGCCUCAAGAUAAAGAUUGCAGGUGAAGAAAGCGGUGCUGAAAGUGGAGGUGAGGUUCGAAUAAAACCAGAUCCCGAUGGAGGCGUUGCCGGGCACAAAAAACACAAGAAAAAGAAAAAGAAACACAAAAACAAAGAAGACCGGGAGAAAAGGAAACUAAGCACGAGUAGCAGUAACUAUGAUUCACCACUCAUGUUCGACACCAGUCUUACAUAGGUAUCAUUACUCGAAGACGAGGCUGUAAACGUAAUCUUGUCAAUACAAGGCCUGGAAACCAUGUGGUCUGUUCAAUUCUUGCCAAACAUUUCUGCCUUUAGGAGCUGCAACGAAACACAGCAGACUUUGGCAAAGGACACACCCUUCAAAAAAGAGAACAUUUUCAGAAAAACAGUUGAGAGCUAAAUUAUAAUUUAGGAAAUACUUGUAAACUGUUCUAUUAGGCAAGAUGGUUUGUGUGGAUUUUACAUCAAAUGUCUUAAAUAUGAAUGAGCCUUAAGUAACCACACAAAUCUCAAUGUAACAUAUUGACAGUUUGCCAUGAAGCCUGCGAACGCAGACGUAUUUCCGGUUGUCGCUUGUCUCCGCUGUUUAUGUAAUAGGCCUGUAAUCUGUACAUGAGUUGUUGCCUUAGAAAUUAAUCGUUAAAAUAUGUAAAGAAAAAAUAAAAUCAAAUACUGAUGAUAAUAAAGCACAAUCAAGCUCACCCUUGGGAACGUAGGGACGGUUAGUCGGGGCGAGACGAACUACGCAAA